AGGUGGUCUCAGCUGAUAGAUGUUUAAAACCAAAUGUUCCUUUAGCUUGGUCGUUUUGCUCUGUGAAUCGCCGGGCAUAAACCACCGAUAUGAUUCUACGAGUUGUUAUCCUUUGCUGCCUAGCAGCGCCAGUUGUGAUUCAGGCUGUCAACAUCCCAGUUGUCUGCCCUUGCACAUUUGUUGCCAACAGAGUUGUCAAUGGAGCUGUGAAAGUUGUGAAAAAUGUCAUCAGCAAGGAUGAUUCCUGUCCUCUGCCGCCACUCAAGUCAAGAGAAUCCUAUGACCAGUACAUUCUCAGGGUGUUUGCCCAAGAAGAGAAGGAGUCUGCCGACAGCUACUAUACAAGAAUAUACAAACAGUACAAAGACGAGAGCGACGAGAAGUACGUUGAGCGCAUCGAUAAAAUCUACGAACUCUUCCCUAAACUCCCGUGCAAGGACAACACUGAGUUCUGGAAACUCUCCAGCAAAUAUUACACGCUCAGGUACGGCAAGCUGGAGAGCAUCAUUCCAUUGGUCAAAGAAAGUAACGACCAAUAUUUUGCAAGGAUUUUGAGACGCGGAAAGAAUGAAGAGUUUGGAAGCUUCAUCAAGAGGCUGGAUUGUGUCUUCAAGGCCUAUCCCAAGCUGGACAUCUGGAGGAGGAUCAAGUUUGACAGCGACUGCAGAAACUGGUACUUCUUCCGUCAUGAAGCCUACAAUUGUGCCAUCAGGCCUUCUGAGAAUAUUCGAGAGAGCGUUGUGACCAAAUACGAAAGAAGGGCAUGUGAGAAGGAGGAUGAUGUCUCUUACUUUAAGAGGAUUUGUGCAAGACUUCAGGGAGAAUCUGACCGCGACUAUGUUGAGCGUCUGACAAGGAUAAGAUCAAGGUUUGGCAACCUUCCUCUGUGGACCAGCUGUGAAUACAUUGACUUGAUCAAGGACUACUACAGACUCUCUUACGCUCAGAAGGAUAAAGAAAGCAUCAACGAUUAUUACAAGAGGCUUACAACCAAGUCCACAUCUGAGGACUUCCCUUCCUUUGUCAAGAGGAUAGAAAUUCUCCAGAGGGUAUUCAACAACCUUCCUCUCUGGAAUAACUGUGAAUUCCUCCAAUUCACCGCUCCGUUCUACAACUUCAUCUUAGCAAAGAAACCGAGCGAGUCCAACGAGUCUUACUUGAAGAGGAUUACCACUCGUGGCCCUGGAGAAUCUUUGGACAACUACCUGAAUAGGAUGAACAUCUGCCGAUGGGUUAACCGUGGAACCGACUUGUUCUACAGCCAAGUGAACUUGCCCUACAUCAAGAACUAUUACCUCAACUAUUUCAAGAAGGGCAAACAAGAGGUGAACAUCUGGUUGGGACACAUUUUCAAGAGGGACUUUGAAGAAUCUGAUGACGAGUAUGUGAAGAGAUGCUCCCUCAUUCUGUCAGUGCAAGAUUCCCUGAAAAAUAUUGAUAUUCCUGACACCUUGUUGAAACCCGUUUCAGACUUUUACCGUCUGUUUUACAAGAGAUUGCCGAACGAGGAUAAGGAAUCUUGGCUGCAGCGGGUUACUAAGAGAACACCCAUUGAGACUGAUGUCACUUACGAAACCAGACUGAAGUACUUGGAGAACAUCUAUACCGACUGUAGGAGCUUUGUGGGUGGAGUUCUCAAACGUCUGUUUGGCUCCGGCAAGUCCUGCGCUAAGGAAGCCGACAAGGAGGUGCAAGUUGUCUUGGUGAAGAGGAAGGAGACAGAAAAAAAAGAAAAGACAAAGGAGAAGACCUCUGACAAAAAGGAAAGCAAGAAGCCAGAAAAGACUAUAGAGGAACAAAUCGAAGAGGUCUAUGGAAAGAAGAAGGACGAGGAUGAAAUCUCCUGGUUCAAGAGGCUCACCAAAAAAUCUCCUGGAGAAUCUGUCGACCAGUACGUGAAGACAUUGACAACUGUGAGGAAACUGUUCCCCUCUGCUUCUCUCUGGUACGACUCCAAGAACUUAGACUUGGUGAAGGAGUACUACUCUUGUCUAUACAGCAAACUGCCCAACGAGACUGAUGAGCAAUACUUUGGCCGUCUUGUAACCAAGGAGACUUGGGAGUCUUGGGAACAGACUGCUAACAGGGUGGCCUUGGUGAGAACCAUCUACCCCUCACUGCCUCUUUGGACAGACGAGCAGUUCUAUGACAAGUUUACCAAGCAGGUGUACGAAGUACAGUACAAGAAGAAGGAGUGUGAGAGCUACGAGCAAUACAUUCAACGAGUGUUGGCCAAGGACGCUCUGGUCGACACUUCCGAUGAGCUAUGGGCUAAGAGGAUCCAUCUGAUCCAACUGGCCACUGCAUCUUGUCCUGUGUGGUAUGACGAGAAGUACUACGGCUUCACUAAGAACUUUUUCGAGGCUUGGUACAAGAAGGGAGAGUCUGAAGGCUGUUCUACCUGGCUGACAAAGGUGUUGAAGCCUCUAACAGGAGAGAGUGAAGACAACGCCAUCAAGAGAGUCCGUCUCAUCAAGCAGACAACCGGAGGCUGUGGUUGCUGGACUGAGUUCACAUUCAAGAAGGUUGCAAGCUCAAAAUGCCUUUCUGAAGAAUAUCUGGAUGACAUUGAAAAUGAAUUCUUCGACAGUGCCACAACCUAUGAGAGGAUCUAUUCUUCAUCCAAAUCUUCAUCCAGAUCUGAAGAGUCUUCGGCAGAACAGACUGUUGAGGUGGUGAAGAGAGCAUAGAGUAAUGUAAAUAAAGAGUAUUUUGGAUAUUGUU